GAACGGUUGAAGAGGCGACGUGGCCCGCAUGGGCGGUCGAAUGGGAAUUCCUGGGGAAAUCCAAGACGAACAUCAGAGAAAAUGAUGGAGCGAAAGUGUUAGGCCCGUGAUUCGUUUCUUCCUCAACCCGUCUCUGGCCUUUCAGGCUGCACCCUAAUCGCCGUCAUCGUUUUUCUCUUUGGACCUGCCGACUUCCUUACCAGUUUCUCCAAGAUGAAGCUCAAUCUCGCAAAUCCCCAGGCGGGGAUGCAGAAGACCGUCGAGGUCGACGACGAGAAGAAGUUGUUGCCAUUUUUCGAAAAGCGAAUGGGUGCUGAGGUUGCAGGUGACAGCAUCGGUGAUGAGUUCAAAGGCUACAUCUUCCGCAUUUCUGGCGGCAACGACAAACAAGGAUUUCCCAUGAUGCAGGGCGUCUUGGUGAACCAUCGUGUUCGCCUCCUGUUCCGCAAAGGGAUGAAGUGCUACAGGCAGCGGAGGACCGGUGAGAAGAAGCGCAAGAGCGUGAGGGGUUCCAUCGUUGGCCCUGAUCUUGCUGUCCUGAACCUUGUUCUAGUCAAGAAGGGACCCGAGACGAUCCCAGGUCUGACCGAUGCGGAGCGCCCUCGGCGAUUGGGACCGAAGCGCGCAAACAACAUUCGCAAGUUGUUCAACUUGUCCAAGGAUCAAGAUGUGAGGAAGUAUGUCGUUCGUCGACAAAUUGAGGGAAAGAAGAAGACAAAGGCACCCAAGAUUCAGCGCCUGAUUACGAAGACGCGCGUGCAGCGCAAGAGGGCGUACUUGGCUAAACAGCGCCGAAGUGUCAUUAAGAGCCGUGAAGAGGCCAAGGCUUACAAGGAUGUACUUUCUGCUUACAAGCAUGAGCUCAGGAAGAAGCGUGCUGAUGUUGUCGCAAAGAAGAAGGCACAGGCGGCUGCGGCCCCCAAGCCCGCUGAAGUGAAGGUCGUCAAGGCGAAGGCAGCUACAGCAAAGAAGGGCGGCAAGUAAAGCCGGGGGAGUUAUCCCUUCGGGGAUUAUUGUAGUGCUCCACCACACAGAUGCGUGUAUUCCUGCUUCCUGAAAGUGUUGCUGCGGAUCUCGCUCCUGACGGGGGAGUAAGGAGCGACUGUGUGCCGAUCGGAUACCUGAUGUAGCUGGAACCGGUAUCUUCGAUAUCUGUUGCUUACUUGCCGUCCCCUCGACUGUCUGCGUGUCUGCUACCAGACUCUUCCCUAGUUCCGCCCACGCAUAACUGUGUGGACAGCAUAGCGUAUGUUCACCCUACUGCGGCAUUCGCGGAGCGCGCUGUGAAAGGGCGGUCGUUGUACACGUGAAGCCAUAGAAAGCCUAGUCUACGCGCUUGGCGCUGUAUUACCUCGCUCGUUGAUUAGUAGGCGAGUCAGUAGGAGCCUGCAAAUGCUGUUCAUGAAUUAGUGGCAUCCAUAUCAGACUAUAGAGUGGAAGGACGCGGUACAGAAGACACUCUCAGUUCCAUCAAUACGAUGCAUGAAGAUGGAGUAACAUCUUCAUUUUCUACACAUUCAUUUACUGUAAAAGAGGUUUCAAGCCACUGGCCUGUAAUCCCAGUCACAAAUUCAAACGAAGGUGCCGCUGCGUAAUUCACAAUAGGAACGAACGCCAGAGACCGUUUGACAUCGCUGUCCAUGAUAGAAAUUACGGGAUUCCCGUUAACAUCGAUGAGUUAUAGGGACUAACGCUACAGUGUGCACGGUGUAGCACGUCGCAUGCUUACCUGGCAGUUGGACGGUGCGUUUAAGUGCACUGCAGCAGAUCCAACGGCCUUGUGCCUUUUAGGUCGCUUGGUUAAGGUAGGGAACGCACGUUGGACAUCGCUCCUGGAUGCCGGUGGGAGGGGGAAGUAUACGCCCGCGUAUCCACUUUUAGGGUGACGUUGCCGCACUUUAGUUUGUGCUUUUUUUAUGCUGAACAACUGGACCGCCAACCGUGGCAUGCGUUCGGUGCAGCCUAGAGCUUCGAGGCGGUGUUACACAUGGCGUUGUGACUGCUUAAAACAUACGACAGGACCGUUUUCAAAAUUGUUUUUCCGGGCUGAUGUGUCGUUCACGUGGCUGCGCCUAAUGCUCUUUUAUUAGGUAGCGGAAGCAGUUUCGCCGUAUGCAGCCGACAUCACAGAUGUGAGACCAGCCCAUUGACAACUCUAAUGCAUCAUCCAAUUUGCAGCUAG